CUGUCUUCUCUAUCUCUUCCUUCUCUCAGCCGCCUCCGCUGCAGGCCAGGAGCUAUCCAGUGCUGAACUAGUGAAUUUGUUUUUUCAGAGGUGUAAGAGGGAAUGUGUGUAUAGUAGCAAGCACACACACUGUAUUGUAUCAUCAGACAUCUCUCCUCCUUGUUUCCUUUUUUUUUUUUACAUUCAUUCUUUUUCUUUCUGGAACGUGGAUCAUCUUUUAUUCGGAAGGGAUUUUGUCUGGGACAGCUGAAAGAUUUUCUCCAGGAUUUUUACCCCCUUGACUCUCUGUCCACAGCCGAUGUGAGGGAUUUCUGGUGCGUCUGCGUGUGUGCGACUGUGUGUGAAUCAUGCCGCGUUCAUUUCUGGUGAAGAAAAUCAAACUGGAUGAUUUCUCCUCGUCUCCUCUGACAACAUCUAAUCAUCAUCACCAUCAUCAUCAUGAGCUCGAUGACUCCUUUACACGCUCUCGUUCAAGCCUGGGUGUCCGGCUCUGCGAAAAUGGCUACAUCCAGGAUUACAUCAGUUCUGCUACAUACACGGGGGAGAAGCAGGCUAACAUGAAGCUGGGCUCUGGGUUGUCAGAUCCACUGUACUCCCCUGUCAGCAGUGGAGGAGGUGAAUACUGCCAACCUGACCUGGAGCAUCCUGACAGCCCUCAGUCCGGCCUCACGGCCCGCGGAUACUUCAGCAGCGAGAGCGAAUCUCUGUCCGAGGGUUAUACCAUGGAUGCAUUGUUAAUAUCUGAUGGCCGCUCGAGGAGGAAAGGAGAGGUUACAGAAGCAAGGAAAGGUGACACAGAAGAGAAAGCACCAGAAGGCCCCAAUGGAGGCCCCAGACACACCUGCAACGAGUGCGGAAAGACCUACGCCACCUCCUCCAACCUGAGCAGACACAAGCAAACCCACCGCAGCCUCGAUAGCAAGAUGGCACGCAAGUGUCCUACCUGCAACAAGGUUUAUGUGUCCAUGCCAGCUCUGGCCAUGCAUAUCCUCACUCACAACCUCAAGCACAAAUGUCAUGUGUGCAGUAAAGCUUUCAGUCGACCAUGGCUGCUGCAAGGGCACAUGCGAUCACAUACGGGUGAAAAACCCUUCGCCUGCGCACACUGCGGGAAAGCCUUUGCAGACCGAUCCAACCUACGAGCGCACAUGCAGACGCAUUCGGCCUUCAAGCACUACUGCUGCAAACGCUGCAAUAAAACCUUCGCGCUGAAGUCCUACCUGAACAAGCACUACGAGUCCGCCUGCUUUAGAGGUUCUGGAGAUGAGGACGAGUCCGGUUCUGAGAAUUAAUGACACCUGACGGAGGACAAAAGAAAGAUGAAGAGAUCACAG